UGUUUGACCUAUUUUGUAGCUAUGACCUCAUAUUAUUAUUAUUAUUACUAGUAUCAUUAUCAUUAUUAUGUAUUGACAUAAAAAAGGACGGUAGUGCCCUUAGUUGACCUCGGGUUCGGAUAAGGACCCGAUUAGCGAUUCAGACCCUCGGGUUCGGGUCGUUACAUGGCAAUUCAGGAAGGUGCUCGAAGAGUCCACUCUCAACUUCAUUACACAAAGUGCUCCACAGAUAAGUCCUUGUACUUAUUGUUGAAAUUUUUUAUUUAAUUCCUUUUGUAUUGGUAGAACUCUUACCCUUGCGACUUCAUUAUUACUUUCUGAAUUUCGAUUGCCUUCUAUAUGGCUAGCACCACCCACAUAACAAGGGUGUGAUGAUAAUAUUAUUUUUCCAUUAUACUUGGGUGUGACUGUGUGGACUUCUCCCAACAGUUUAAAAUUUUACAAGGUUUUAUCAUCAAUGUACAGCUACGUCAAGUUGCUACAACAAUUAAGCUCAUAGUGGUACAAGUACAACAAAGAUCUCGAUGGAGAUUAAAGUAAAUAAAGUAAUUAGAGUCAUUUUCGAGGGACAUAUUGAGUCUCCAUUUAGGAGAAAAAAAAAGAAAAAAAAAAAGGACAAGAGUCCGACUAUUUCCUCUGCACAGAAAGGUGAGAUAAUUAAAACUUCUUUCGUUUACUAGAGAGACGAGACGACUACCUCUUGUAUUAAAAGGGUCACUCUCAUUAAGAUUACACCUCUUUCCCACAUAAAAGAACGAAGGGGCAAUUUCAUCUUCUUCCCUCGGUAAAAAAACCAGGGGUUCACUACUCCCUUAUUAAAGGGUAAACUCACAAAGCUCGAGCAAAACCAUUCCCUUCUUAAAAGGGGCAAAAAAGUAAUCAUCAAACAUGCUUAGCUUGGAAGGACUUGGCAUUCCCGACGCUUGACAAGCAAGAUUACGGGAAUGGGGGCUACUGAUACAGAAUAUUUGAUUUGAUAAGAAUUUCACGUGACUUAAAGGGUAUGGAUAAACUUAAGGAGAUAGAAAUAACAACUACUACCCUAUCCAAUGACUCUUACAAUCCUUAAUGGACAAGGAAAAUAAAUCUUGUAUAAAAGAAGUCAUCGGUCAACUACGCCAUAAAUUUCAUAUUGAAUUCUUUAUCGGAUAUUCAUUUGUCAGGUACUAACUUGACCGUCGGAGUGCAACGACCGGCACAACGCCGGUUGUCACUUCUAUCUUAUCUUGCAGGAAACAUCUUCGACUCCGACCUGUGUAGAUUUUUGUAUCAACAUAUAUAAUCUAUAUUUCGAAGUAAUCGACCACCUAAAUCUAAUUGUCUAAUGGCAAUUGAUUUACCCAAGGCACAAAAAACCUAUAAAAUAUUUUCUUUAAUAUCUAAAAUGGUGCUCGAUAAUGGAAAAAGAACUCUUGGCACUUUACCAAAAUGAAAUUUGGAAGUUAAUUGUGUUUAAAAUUGACAUGAAUGGCAUUACUUGAGUGUGAAGCGGGUCUUUAAAACUAAAAUUAAAAUUGAUGACACACUUAGGACCCAUUUAUUAACGCUUUUACUAAAAUUAAAACUGAUGACACACGCUUUUAAAACUGAUGACACAAUAAAAUUAUGAUUUUGAUUUCUUGAACUAAAAUAGAAAGUGAAAUAUAAUUUUUUUUACUUUCAAUAUUUUGAAAGCAAAAAAAAAUAGGAAGUAAGUUUAUUAAAUUUUAAUUUUAAUUUUGCUUUCCUAAUAUUGUGUGUAAGAGAUCGGUAACAUGCUUCUUGCCUCUCAUAUCAAUGCACACAAAUGAUUACAAACACACACACACACACACAAGGUGCGAUUCUGGUUGAAUUCACCUCUGUAUUCCAUGGUAUAUAGAAAAAGUAUAGAGAUUGAUGAGGCUAAUAUUCACCCCUUAUAGACCAUUUCCAAACUAAAAAUCCUUCAACAACUAAAACAAAAUCCAUUAGUUCCUGUUAGUGAACCAUCUCUCUCAAUCUCUCUUUAUAUACUAUGUGCCGAUGCCGGAAUCCAUGGAAACCAAAGCCUCAAACUUGGAUCUCCCUUUUCGAUGCUGGAAUUCACGGACAAACUGACUGGGAAUAAAACUUUGGAGUAUGAAUUGCUUGUGGAUGCGAAUUUGGGUCUCCCUUUCUUAUGCCCAAUUGCCGGAUUCCUUGCUCACAUCGUCACAGUCUCGUCGUCGUUCGGUCUGCUGAUAAGUUUAGUCCGGCCUCAGCUUGGAGAAACUGCUCGCGGCCGCCGUUCAUCUACUUUCAACCAAGUGGGCUUAGGUUAAACCAGUAGAGAGAGAAACUAGAGAGAGAAAGUGAUGAAAGGGUUUCAACUUGCUCUUUCAGAAAGAUGAAGCCUGAAGGGGUUUCAGUUUUCAAUGGAUGAUCGACGGUGUUUGGUAGCAGUUUGUGGUGGAAGAGAGAAGAUAGAUGGUGGUGGUGAUGAUACUUAGUGAAAAGGGGGUGAUACGGGUGAGCAGUUUCGUUACAGUAGCGGAAGUAAUUCCUCCGCUACAAGGGAGAAAACAAGAAGGGUUUUUGCAGACAAUCACCGAGGAGGUCACCGCUAUGGAUUCUUCGAAACGAAACUCCGCUGAGUUGCAACAACUUCUCGAGCAAGAAAAGAAGACGGCCUUGCUUAAUCAGAUGGUUGCAAAGGUGACAAAGGAAUGCUGGGACAAGUGCAUAACUGGUACCCCUGGAAGCAAGUUCAGCUCUAGCGAAUCAGCAUGCCUUUCAAACUGUGCUCGGCGGUAUAUGGACACGAGUAUCACCAUUAUGAAACGUCUUCAGUCCAUGCGUUAAGUUAUACUUGUAACGGCCAGAUAUAUGAGUUAGUUGAUUCAAACAUUUUGCUGUCUGUCCUUUUAGCACUGAGCAAAUGCCUCAUUGUUUCUGAUAUAACUGUAUAUGGGAAUGGGUCACCAAAUUCAUUUUUUUUACUGCAUCUUAAAAAUGGUUGCGAGAUAUUCUUUCCACAAGUUUUGAAACAUAUAGAAAGAGAUUGACCACUCCAUGUAAUCUUUGAUUAAAUGCAAGGCAAAAUUGUAUCAUGUUGGCUUGAAAAGGGCACGUUUUUCUA